AUGCUAAAUAAUGUAACACUUCUUAAUUGUGUAGAUACAAACUUCUCUAUUCAAGCUCUGGAAGUUAAAUUAUCUUAUAUUGCUUUAGAUUAUAUUGAUGUUUCAUAAACUAUUUUUAGUAUUUAAGCUGAAUAAAUAAAUUUGGAUUAUUUUAAUAUAACAAACACUAAACCAUUCUCAAAAUCAGUUGAUAAUAAUGAAAUAUCAAUGAUUAAUAUAAAUUAACAAAACAAAGGAGGAUAUGCUCAUAUUUCUUAAUCAAAAUUCAUAAAUUUCACAAUAUCAAAUAACAAUCCUUUGAUAUCUUUAAAUGGACUCUUUAAUAUAGUUUUGGAUAAUGUAAUAAUAAAAAAUGUGGUAAACACCUAAAAUUAAUAUACUUCUAUAUUUGUAAUUUAAAGCUGUGAUACUGUAACUAUAAUUGAUAGUUAAUUUAGAAACAAUACUAAUAGUAAUGGUCCUGGAGGAGUUAUUUACGCAGCUGAAAAUAAACUAAUAUCAAAUAAAGCAAUUUAUUCUUCUGGAGGAGCCAUUUAUUUACAGAAUAAUAAUUUAAUAAUGUAAAAUUCUGUAGUAUCCUCUAACUUAGCUUAGAUAGGUGGUGGCAUAUACUAUACACAAAUUGUUCCAUAAUUAAUUAUUGAUUUAUAAAAUAGUAAUUAGAAUAAUAACACUUUUAAAGAUAAUGUUGGAAGAAUCUUUGGAUAAAACUUUGGUUCUACUUUAAGGAAAGUCUAUAUUGAUUUAGAUUAUAUCGAAGCAUUAAAUAAAAUUUUGAAAUCUAUUUAAGAUGGAAACAUACUAAUCAAAUAAUUUAAAAGUGGAAAUUAAAUAAAUUUAAAAAAAAUAUAGUUGUUGGAUGAAGAAGAAAAUCCAUUAAAGUUGCUUGAUUUUAAUUCAUCUGAAUUUAGUUAAUUGAGUAAUGAUGUGUAAACUUUACUACAAUAAAUUAGUGUUUCGGUAACUUGGGAAUAAGAAAAUUAGUAAAUAUAAUGUGUUGGUUAGCUUUAAACAAAAUCAUUUACAAAUGGAGGUUUUAGAUUAGAUGUUUAAAUAUUUUAUAAGCCUAUGUCCAAUAUGACCCUAAAAAUAGUGAGUAAUGUGUUUCCAUAAAUUAAAGAUUCAAAUGGAAAUAUUAUAGUUAUAGGAGGGUAAGCAGAAUUAAAUGUUUAAGUUUUUAUGGAAUAAUGUUCAGUUGGAGAAAUACUUAUGUAAUAUGGCAAUUCUAUUGCUUGUGAAUCUUGUCCAGAUGGAAAAUACUCUUUGAGUUAGAAUGAUAAUUAAUGUAAAGUAUGUCCUGAUUCAGCUCUUAGGUGUAUAGGUUCAAAUAUUUAUUUAUAGAAUGGAUAUUGGAGAGAAAAUGAAGAUACAGACAAUAUUUUAUAAUGUAGUUUUAAUCCAUUGUCCUGUAAGCCAGAACUUUCUACUUCUAAAUUUAACUGUGAUGUAGGUUACAAAGGACCUUUAUGUCAGAGCUGUGAUACAUAUGGUGAAAUAUGGGAGGCAAGUUAUUCUGAAAUUUUAAAUCCUGGUCAUUGCUAUAAAUGUUAAGAAAACUUAGUCUAAAUUAUAAUUAUUAAUUUGACUAUCUUCUUUUUAAUAUUUUGUUAUAUUUUAACUAUCUUAAGAAGAAUUAUUAAUUAACUUGAAAUUAAACUCACUGGUUAUUUCCUUAAUAAAUUGAAUUUCAUUUAUUUAGGGUCAACUUUAAGUUAGCUCGAUAGAUCAUAAAUUUUAUCUAAGAUAUUAACUGACCAUUUAUAAAUAUUAUCUUUAAUAUGCACAUUUACAUUCAAAAUGCCAAGCUCAUUUACUCUUCCAAUACAGAUAUCAGGAAAUCCUACUAGCUUGACUAGCAAGUCUAUAGAUUGUAUUUUUUCACAAUACCCGUAAUUUUAACCUUUAUGGUUAUUAUAAUCUCUAUGGUCUUUUACUCUACCAACAGGAAUAUUUUUAUUAUAUAUUCUUAUUGGAGUUAUUUAUUUGGCAUUUAAAAUAAAUGUUUUUUUAAAAUACCUACGUACUGCAGCUAUAUUUAUUUACAUUUACUUCUUUCCGAUGAUUAUUACUCUAACAAGCAGAUCAUUUAACUGUAUAACUAUAGGAAAUAAAAAAUACUUAGAUUUAGACUUGAAUGUCGAAUGCUUUGAUAAAGAUGAGCACAAGCCUUUUAUAUUUUGUUAUAGUAUCCCAGUAAUAUUACUAUGGGGCCUAUUUAUUCCUAUAUUACUUUUCUAAAAAAUAUAUCAGACUAAAUAAUAAAAAAAAUCUAUAAUUAUAUAAAUUAAAUAUUCUUACUUAUUUGCAGGUUACAAAGAGAGAUUUUAUUUCUGGGAAUUUUGGAAAUUGUUUUGCAAAAUGAAAUUGAUUUUAGUAUCCGUCCUAUUUAAACAAAAUAUUUAUUUGAAGGUAGGUGCUAUGAAUACACUUUUACUUUUGUAAUUUUAUCUGCUUUUAAAAUCUAAACCUUAUGUUAGAAAAUACUUUAAUGAUUUAUAGCAAAUAUCUACAUUUAUAUAUACUUUAUCUUUAAAUUUGUGCUUUUUAUAGAUAAUUAAUGAUCAAAAUGGCUCAGAGUAUUAAAAUGCUUGGAUAUUUUUAGUUUUCUUUAUCAAUCUUAAUUUUAUAUCUGUUCUAGUAUUAGGUUUAUUGAAAUUAAAUAUUUCUAUUGAAAGAAGGGAUAGAAAUUGCUUUUAAAAUAUAAUAUUUAAAAUUUAUAAUAAAUAUCCUUAAUUAUUUGAUAUUAAAAUAUAAAAUAAAGAAAAGAUAAGGCUGCUUUUAAAGGUAAGAGAACUAAAAAAAAAAAUUAGAUAGAUGAUGAGAUAUCAAAAAAAUUUUGAUUUUUAAGAAUCCCUUCAAAAACACUUUAACUAGAAUAAUUUACAAAAUAUAAAUCUAUCCCCACAAUCUAUCAAAUUAACUUAAACAACCUUUUCUGAACCUGAUGAAAAGUAAAACAUUUUUAAAGGCAAUAAUUCUAUAAAAAAGAUGAGAAAUAAAUGGCCUUACUAUACUAGAAACCCUAAACUCAACUAAAUACAGCUCAAAGAUUUGACUCCUACUAACAUAUCAUCUUCUCAAAACACCUAUUUUACUGGUGAUUAUAUUAUUGAAGCUGAGUCUCCAAUAUAAAAUAAAGAUAUAUUCAAUAAUUAAAAUUGA